UUGGUAUAUACAUUCAUUUCAUCGUUGCCGUCAGAAAAGAGAGGUGAGAGAACACAAAACACAAUGAAGUUCAAUCCAAGGGUUUCAAGCAGCCGUCGCAAGAGCCGCAAGGCUCAUUUCACGGCGCCGUCAAGCGUCCGUCGCGUUCUAAUGAGCGCACCUCUCUCCGGCGACCUACGUUCAAAGUACAACGUGCGUUCCAUGCCCGUUCGUAAAGACGACGAGGUUCAGGUUGUAAGAGGCACUUUUAAGGGACGCGAGGGAAAGGUUGUUCAAGUUUAUCGCAGGAAAUGGGUGAUUCACAUCGAACGCAUAACACGUGAGAAAGUUAAUGGUUCAACCGUUAAUGUUGGUGUUAACCCUUCGAAAGUUGUUAUCACUAAGCUUCGUUUGGAUAAGGAUCGUAAAUCUUUGCUUGAUCGUAAGGCUAAGGGUCGUGCUGCUGCUGAUAAGGAAAAGGGCACUAAGUUUGCUCCUGAAGACAUUAUGCAAACUAUUGAUUAGUUUCUCAUGUUUUUUCUUUAUAAUCCUUUUUUGAUUAUUGAUAUUAUUAUUACUAGUUUUGUUUGUAUUACUGCUAUAACUUGAUGGUUUGAACGACUUGUGGUUUAGAUCUGAAUUAUUUCAGAAUUUUGAGGUUGUUAUGUUUUGUUUAAUUUAAUGGAAUGCUUGACAUUAUCACUGUCAAAGUUUCUGUUUGUUUAGA